AUGUGGAAGCCGAACCCGAAGUAUGAAAAUUCAGCCUAUGCAGAAGUGAUGAAGGGAGAGGCAGUUCUUUCCAAUACCUCCGAAGCGCUAAAAGAAAAGAGUGGAGGAACUGCUCGGUGUAACUGGGGUGGUUCGGUAGGAGGAUUGGAUAACAUCCCUCUUUGCUGGUCACCCAUUCCAAGAGGCAACCCAAGCACCACACUCAUUGUUGCUAGGUCACAGGUUCAGGAUCCAGAACAAAUAAAUCCUCUUUCCGGAAGGUCGGAGCAGCCCCCGCAGAAGAGCAAACGUAUCUCUUUCCGGUCUAAGGUAGGGUUGGGGAGGGUGGAGAUCCCAGAAUCGAAUCAUUCAUUACGUUACUCAACGAGAGAAGAACAACAUUGGUUGGCAUAG